GACCUGUUUGCAGUCUCCAAGUUGGAGAUGAUGUCGCUGUCCACCCUGUUCCAAAACAUCCCCACACCAGUCAUUAUCAGCAGCCUCAAUGUGUACAAUGCCUAUGGAGGGGACAUCAGGGGAUCGUUUGGGACUCGACACAUUGACAUACAGCUGUAUGCCCACACCUCAGACGACCCGUUCCAGGGCUACCCGGUCCUCAUAGAGACCACCAAACCCUGGGAGUUCACCUCGGGCGCCUCUAGUCUGGCCAGGACAUGGAGAGAUGCAGCUCAACUGGGCUUCGCUGCAACCACCACCAUAGUCAUCACUCCUGAGCUGUGUCAGACUUCAGCAGCAAACAAACUCAUCGCCAUGGUGGUCCCAGGAGACAACCCCCGCCUGGGCGGGAUGCACGACCGGGUCCAAGGCAACAACUACAGGGUCUUCGACCUCAAGAUGAACUGCAGUGAGGAACAAGUUGACUUGCUUGUGACAGACAAGCCCAGGAACUUUAUCCUCCACUAUGAGAACAGUUUCGAGGCUGGAACCCUGCCAUUGGACAAGGACCAACCGUUCACGGUGCAUGUAACGGUCAAUGCUAGUGAUGGCAUUGCAGUUUCUCCCGAUGACCUGAGACUGUACAUGUACACGGACACGCAACCUCGAGUCGUUGUGCCACAUUCCAACCUCCGAGUUACACCCAUGUCCAAUCCAGGGACAUACAUGAUUGAGGGAAGCUUUAGAGCCACACUAGAGGACCACAUCUCCAUGUGUCUGGGGAGGGUCAAGACUCUGGAGGUCAUGCUGGAUCCUGAUGAUGUCAUCCAGGAAACAGUGGAGACAAACAACAUGGCCACCAUCUCUGACCUGGAGGUCACAGGAUGUGGAAAGCACAUGGAUAUGUUAAUCACCAAGUUCCACAUUGGGGAUGACAACAGCGUGUUGCAUUCCGACGUGUUCAACACCUAUAUCCUGAAUGUGGACAUGAUUGCAACUCCAGAUUUCCGUCCCUUUCACGGAAGAUUCCUUCUGAACUUCUACAUGUCUAAAGAUACUGUCAUCAGCCAUGACGACUAUGUGGUCGAGAGGAAGGCAUUCUCUGUCAAAAACAUCAAGGUGGGGAAGAGGAAGUCUGUUUCCAUGGGAGAAAGAGACUUCAUUGUGGAGCUGAACAAGGACACGAUCCCAUACUGCUGGACCACGCCCUACAUCUUCACCAACUUCACCUUCCUGCAGCCACUGGUAGACUCAGUAGCGGAGAACAAUGUGAUGUACACACAGAUCAGCUUCCACUGUGGAGAUCCACAGAUCAAUGAGUGUCGGCACAAUAUGGACACCUGCGAUGAAACUCGCUCCGUCUGUGUGGACAGGAAGUACAAAUUCAGCUGCAACUGCACCAAAGGGUACCAACAGAACAUGGAGACAGGCAUGUGUGACGAUGUUGAUGAGUGUGAAGACUGGAGGUACUUCUCUAAGUGUAAUGAGACCCUGGAGCACAUGUGUGUGAACACUCCCGGGUCGUACUACUGUGGCUGUGCUGUAGGGUACAUAGAGACGGAUGGAGGCUGUGUUGACAUAGACGAGUGUACCCUGGGCAGCCAUGACUGUCAUGAACAUGCUGACUGCAUCAACACUGAAGGGAGCUUCUACUGCACCUGUAAACCUGGCUUUGUUGGGGAUGGACUCACCUGUGAGGAUCCCAUCACCUGUGCCAACCUCACCUGUCUGAACCAUGGGGAGUGUGAGGAGCUGACACCUGGGGCCAGGUGUAACUGUCCAGGGUACUUUGGUGGGGACAGCUGUGAGAAAGUAAAUGGAGGCUGGAGUUUCUGGAGUGAAUGGAGUAGCUGUUCAGCGGAGUGCGGCCCCGGAAAGCGUUUCCGCACACGCAUGUGUGACCGCCCCACUCCAGAACAGGGAGGAGAGUACUGCCUCGGAACUGCCAACCACACCAUGACCUGCAAACUUAAGGAAUGCAGUCGGCAAUAUGAAGACUUCUGCUCCCCUGUGUCUAACCGUUGUGACCAGCGGAGCGGUGCAGGUGUGUGCAGCCGGGAGGGAGCGCUGUAUCACUGCUCCUGUAACACUGGGUACCAGGAGGUCAGGGACAGGGACCACCAGUUCCUCAGAUGUGAUGAUGUGGAUGAGUGUUCCACCAUGCUGCAGCCCUGUCCAUCAGGCACCACAUGUGUCAACACCAGGGGCAGCUACAGCUGCAGGUGUGAACCAGGCUACAUGUUGGACACAACCUCCAACAUGUGUGUGGAUGUUGAUGAAUGCCAGGGACGACAUGGCUGUGAUGAUCAUGCCGACUGUGUGAACCUCCCCGGCUCCUACAGAUGCCAGUGUCACGUGUGGUUCUGGGACCUGGGGCAGGGCAGGGUCGGAGACUGUGAGGAAAUGAGGCUGUUCCAGUACGGCAAUGAAGCAGGGGACGUCCAGGUGACAACUGCUACAGGAUGGGAGGCAGAGCUAGUUUCCCCUGUCAUCCCCAUCAAUAAUGGACUACCCCUGUUUGGAGGGAAAGUGUUUGACCACGUUUACGUGACAGAGAAUGGGGUGCUUGUGGUCACCACCUUGUCACCAGAGCGUGACCACAACCACAAGCAGACCUUCCGCCACCCCCAGCCCCUCCGGACGCUUGACCCGCAGGACGACGCAGUGGCCGUACUGGCUCCCUUCUGGGCUGAUGUCAAGUCUAGAGACUUACCUGCCAGGCCAUUCUCUGAAGUGUGGUACCAUGCUUACAAUGACUCCAUGGCUGCUGAGAACACCUUCCUCAUGGCUCAUGCAGCAGUGAAGGAGAACAGUGGAGUAGACUUCAUGCCUAAGUACAUCCUAGUGGUGACGUGGGACAACAUGGUGCCAUACUGGGAAUCAAAUGGAGACCAGAGGAAUACAUUCCAAGCAGUGCUGAUGACCAACGGUGUCCACUCCUAUGUGAUGUACCUGUACAAGGAUGGGGGCAUGACAUGGCAUCCUGCAUUCUCCUCUCAGAACCUGUGGGACAUGGGAGGUUUCCCUGCUCAGAUGGGGUACUCCAUCCGCGAUGACAUGUGCUCGGCAGAAGACCGCAACCUCUGCAAGGUCGAAGACCAUAACUCUGGCCGCUUCUCCAUCGUAAGCUCUGAUCCAAACGUGUAUCGAGUUGACCAGAAGUACGGAUCAGACUUGGACAGGCGGCUUGGGAAGAAGGGCCGUUUCCUGUUCAGGCUGGACGACAAUGCGGAUGAGUUUGAAAGCAACAGAGACAAGUGUGCCUCCUGGUAUCAUGAACAACCAGCCCCGAGCUCCUACGCCUCAGACAUUGUUGCGAGCUGCCCUCCCACAAAGCGCCAGGUUGCGGCUGAUCAGCACGUGUGGACGGCAACCACGCACUGGAUGAGGACAUAUGAUUGGUCGUCUAUUGCAGGACAGCGUGGUCCCUGGAGAGACUGCUACACCAGACACUUUGAGAACAUGCACGGUGCCAACAUUGAGUGUUGCUACGACCAGUCUGAGGCCCUCAUUACUGAACCUCACCUGUGGAAGACUGCUGGCUUCUUUCACCGAUAUCCCAAGGACAGAGAUUAUUAUAUAGAGAAGGAUCUAAAGCCCCUGUACUGGUGCUGUGAGAUGUCUCCCAAGCAGUACUGUGAUAUGUACAUGGAGAAGCGACCGAUAGCUUCAUACAGGAAAUAUGUUCCCACCGCUACUGGGAAUCUGUUUGGUGACCCCCACCUGAGAACCCUGGAUGGGAAGGGCUACUCGUUUGGUGGCUAUGGAGAGUACGUGGCACUCCUGACGAUGCCUGACGCACCAGAGCAGUUCAUCCUGGAAAUCCGCACACAGCUCACAGCGAACAAGAAGUCUACCAACAUCAUUGCCCUUGCUGUCCGUCAGGGUAACGACACCAACCCUGCAGUGGAGGUGCACCUGCAGUACAGGGGCAGCCUGGGGGUGACGUGUUUGAUUGACAGGGAGGAGGUCAGUCCCAGGGACAUCAGCAGGGGCAGGAAGCGAGCUUUCUUUGGUGGCUUCCUGACAAAGUCUGGUGACCAGUAUGUGUAUGUCUUCUCCUCUGGGGUCUAUAUCGCAGCAGAAGAAGCCAACAACAUGCUGCACAUAUCUGUUGGCCUGCCCUCGACCAUGAAGGGAAAGGUUGAGGGCCUCCUUGGUAACUAUGACAGUGACUGGAACAAUGACUUUAAGCUGUCAUCAGGGUACUACCUCACAACCUCCUCCUGGACCAGUCGUCUGGUGGAGCUGGGUAACAGUGACCCCACCUGGGCACAGAUGCUCUACGAGUUUGGCCAGUCCUGGUCCCUUGAGUUGGUGAGCAGGAAGUACGACUUUAACCUGUACGACCUGUCCCUGUUCUCCUCCUACCCCUCACCCGAGGGCUCCGACCUCACCUACACCCCUGCCACCUACGGAGAUCCCACCUACCAGCCAGUCUUCAGGACUCAUUUUGAGACAGCUGAAGAGGAGGCAGCAGCAGUGGAAGCCUGUACAGCCAUGAGUGGCAGGGUCGAUGAGUUCUGUCUGUACGACAUGUCAGUCACGGGCAGCAGAGAGAUCGGCAUGAAGACCAUGCAGACACUGCAGAAUAUCCUGGAACAGGAGGCCUUCCUUGGAAAUAUGGUGCCUUUCUUUACCGUACCUGAUGUCAUGGAGGUCACUGUUGGGUCCAACUACACGUUCUUACUGAUGGCUACUGAGAAGAAUGCAUCCGAGUAUGUGACCCUUGACCUGCAGGGUCCAGGCACUCUGAACAACAACUCCCUCUACCAUGCUGAUACCAACACGUACCUGAGAACCUAUGGAUGGACACCUAACGACACCAGCCCGGUCACAGUCAAGUUCCAAGCAACUGACAGCCAGGGUUUCAUCACUGCUUACACCCCAUUGGUCAAGCUGUGCCAGUGCGAGAAUGGUGGCACAUGCAACUUUGAGGGCAGCACCCAGACAGAUGGGACUUUUGUCCAGGCUAUCUGUCACUGUACAGACCAGUACAGGGGGGACUACUGUGAGAAGGAGGUGGACCCUUGCUCCUACCAUCCCUGUUUCCCAGGUGUUGAAUGUACAAAUAACACCCUGCUACAAAAGGGCUACAAGUGUGGCAGCUGCCCACCUGGACUAGUAGGGAAUGGAGAAACCUGUGAAGAUGUUAGCGAGUGUGAGACAGGUGCACACAACUGCAGCCAGAUGUGCAGGAACACCGCAGGUGGCUUCACCUGCCACUGCUAUACAGGCUUCCAGCUGGAUGAAGACAACACCUGCAUUGAUGUUGAUGAGUGUAGCUUCCACAACAAGUGGGGUAACGACUGUGACCAGGUGUACGGCGUGUGUACGAACACACCUGGGGGAUACACCUGCAGCUGUCAGGAUGGCUUCAUCAUGGAACAGGACAGGUCCAACAGGUGUUCUGACAUCAAUGAGUGCCUGGACAAUAAUGGUGGGUGUGAGCGGUCCUGCACCAACACUCCUGGCAGCCACCAGUGCUCCUGUGGAGACGGAUACAGGCUGAGGCCAGACAAUGCAACAUGUGUAGAUUAUGACAAAUGCGAGUAUCUCAACACCUGCACACAACGCUGCAUCAACCAGGUUGGAUACUACACCUGUGCAUGUGAUGCAGGCUUCCACCUGCACACUGACGGCAAGACAUGCUUGCCUGAUGUUCCCUGUACUGAAGAGAACACCUGUAGCCUGGCACCUGCGGGGCUAUGUGGGCAGGUUGGAGGGCAGGACAGGUGCAGCUGCACCUCAGGGUACACCCUUCAAGAAAAAGACCAGGCCACCUGCAUAGACAUUGAUGAGUGUGAAGAGGUGGAUGGUGUGACCUUGAACCAGUGUGAUGACCUUGCGGCAUGUGUGAACACCCUGGGCAACUACAGGUGUCACUGCAGGGGUGGAUACAGCAUCACUGAGGAUGGACGGACCUGUGAGGAUGUAGACGAGUGUGCUGUAGACAAUGGGAGCUGUGAGCAGGAGUGCCACAACACCAUUGGCUCGUACUGGUGCUCCUGUCGUCGUGGUUACGAGAUUGGGCCUGAUGGAUAUUCCUGCAUAGACAAGAAUGAGUGUGUACUGCCUGAAGACAACACCUGUUCCCGCCGGGCUGAGUGUAUCAACACCGUGGGCGGGUACACCUGCAGGUGUCUGCCGGGGUACGAAGGGGACGGACUCGUCUGUGCAGAUGUGGACGAGUGUGCCAUUGGAAAUGGUGGCUGUGCAGGCACCUGCGAGAACACCAUGGGCAGCCUGAGGUGCCACUGCCGACAGGGCAUGAAACUUGGGGCCAACGGACGGGACUGUAUUGACAUUGAUGAGUGCAGCAGACCUGACCUAAACAGGUGCACGGGCGUGGCCCAGUGUGUCAACACCCUGGCAAGUUACUACUGCACCUGUCCUGAACAGUACGACCUGGUUAGGGGCAGAGAGUGUGCCAUUAAGAGUGGGUAUGACUGCAUGUACCCAGAGAGAGCAGACUGUGACCAUGAGUGUGUGAAGAAGCCAGGACAGGGACCAGACUCCUGCAAGUGUCACCAAGGGUACCAUCUGGUCAACGGGAAGGACUGUGUUGACAUCAACGAAUGUAACACGACGUCCACCUCACCUUGUGGAGUCAAUGCCAGGUGUGUGAACACCAGGGGCAGCUUCAGGUGUGAGUGCACAUCCUCCUUCUACAUCUCUGACAUCGACAACAUGGCCUGCACAGAGAACAAUGGACAUUGGGGCUCAUGGGGCCAAUACCACGUGUGUCAGAAGCACUGUGACUACUCGGCCAUGACACGGCGCCGACGCUGCAACAACCCUGCCCCGUCAUUCAAUGGCGCCCCCUGUCGAGGCUCGGAAACUCAGACGGUACUGUGUGCCAGGUCCAACUGCAAUGUUGACUGGGAUGCUGAUGAAAAGUCAGUCCAUGUGACAUUUGAAUCCAUGACAGCCCUGGAGUGGGUCAAGAAGGAGGAAGAGUUCCGACGCCUGGUGGUGAAUGCUGUGAACAGUUACUGCGAGAAGGCCUGGAACUAUGCUGCCUGCUGCCCAACUACUCCUCAGGGGGCAAGGCCUGGAUCUGGUUCGCUGGUGUCAGGGUCACAGGUCAAGUUCCUCCCAGGAUUCCCAUUGGUGCUCGAGGAGGAAUUGGAAGUUGCGGUGAUGGUGACCCCGCUGGUAGUGAAUGACCUGUGCUCCUCCUGGGAUGAGAGCUUGCAGCAUCACAACGUCGAUCCCGUGCCCACCUUCACCCACCUGGAGAAGGACGUCCUAAAAGCUGCACUUAAUGCCCAUCAGGAGAGCUAUGACCAUGAGGGCAUGGAGGGGGUGAUGGGUAGCAGGGUGGUGAAGAUGACCCUGGGCACAGGACUGAUCCCUGAGGAACCCUACCCAGCAGGGUGGAUGAUCGGGGUGAUCGUCGUGCUGUCACUCCUCGGGAUUGGGCUGGUCAUCGGGAUCGUGGUCGCCAUCAUGAAGCAUGCUGUACCCAACAGCCUGCCCUACAGUAAUGAAUGGGACAUCUCCAGCACCAGCACCAGUGAGACUGAGAUUGGGGAGGCCUGGCCCAACCCGAAUGUCGCUGGGUCCUCUGAAACCUAAGUCCUCUUUACUAACUGCUGAGUGGAAACCAUGCGAACAGAAGGCCAUGAAACUUUACACAGAUUUAAAUCUAACCUAAUAUUUCAACACAUUAAGGUGUCUAAAUGCAUGUCAACUUUCAUAUGAUAAUAAAUGAUAAUAUAUAUCUUAUGCAGUUUAUUUGUGCAUGUAUUUAAGAAUACAAUCAGUUAUUAAAACUGAAAUUAUUGACACAUUUAAAGUUGUCUCUGAUACUGUUUUGUCACAAUCUUGUUCACGACAAAUAUAAAUGUCGUUUAUAACAUUAGAGUAAGGCUAUAGAGCAUUGUGAGGAUUUGAAAUUUGGUCAUUGAAGAUUCCAUAAUCUGACAUUAUACUACAUCAUUUUGAUAGGCUGUAAUGGCAUUUUGUAGGAACAUUGUUCAUAGAUAUAAGAUAAAUGCACAGUACAAUAUGGGAAAAAGAAACUAACUGUAACAGACGAUGCCAUAAUGUAUGCAAGCGUAAGGUUGCUAUUUUCGACUGAAACUGAACCUGUCAACCAUCAAAUUAUGCUCCUGAUAUGUGUUUAGAAAAGAAAAUGACUGUCUUUGAAAUCUUUACACAUUAUACAAAGUUGCAGGCGUAU